GGCAGAGUGUUAUCAGUCGUAGAAAAAGGAGGCUAAGGAAGUACAGUAAUGCUGGAGCAAACACUACUGUCCUAUGUUCAACUUGCACUGUCCUGGACUGUCACUAUUUUUACAUAUAUUAUAUGUGAGCUAGAUCUUAGUCCUAUUUGACAAUGCCAUGGGUAACUGCUGGGCCUUCUGUGUGGGCUUCUUCAGGAAAGAAACUAACAGGAUCCAAAGAGGAGGAGGGUCCAAAUACUUCCGCAGCAGCACGACAGGGGAGCAUUUUACUAUAGAGUUUGAAAAUCUUGUAGAAAGUGACGAGGAGGAGAGUCAACAGCCCUGUCCAAGGCCCAUAAGUGAGGAUGAAAUUCAGCACCUCCGUGAGCACCGGUACACUGCCAUUUCAAAUCAGCAGGUACUGAUAGACCUGCAGCUACAAGCCCAGUUAGAGGCACAAGAGGAGAGGUUGAGGCUAGAAGAGGAGGCUAGAAAUGCUGCCCAGCGCGAGGCUGCCAGAUUGGCACGUGAGCGAAAACAGAAGGAGCUGGCCACCCAGAGGCCAAGGGGGAAAGCAGAUGGUUGCGGCAGCGAACCUCAGCAGAGAAAACACGCGGCUGGUGGUUUGGAUCCCUUCCUGCAGAAUGUAAAGGUCCAGUCAGAGGCCUUCAGAAGCAACAGACUUCCUUCCGACACAAACGUAGUGACUCCUAACACAGAGAGCAGCUGGGAUUUCACCACCAAGACCCGAUCUACCAAUGAUGACGGCACCUCACUGGAUCUUGAGUGGGAAGAUGAGGAGGGAAUCAACCGAGGCCUUCCAGCCUGGGAGAGGUCUCGGACAGAAGAGGACAUACUGCGUGCAGCCUUGAGGCCCGGCGAGAAGCAAGCACACAGUGGCCCAACCUCCAACUCUGAGGACUCCAACGCACUGGAGUGGGAGAAUGAUUUUGUGAGUACUCACCCAGAGGACUGCGCAGACUCGGAAUUUGAGGGUUUUGUCAACCCAGUGUUAGACACUCCCUCUGAGGACGCUUCAGACUAUAGUCUCAGGAUGGACGGCCAGGACAGAUAGUCUCUAGCACUAAAUCCGACCAUUACAACUUUCUCAUGUCAGUGCUCACCAGCUUUUUUCUCCUCUCAUGAAUUAAAUGUACUUCAUAUUGGAUCGUAUGAUGGAAGGGAUGCUGCAGUUGGGCCCUCCAAAACAGAAGCAGACUUUUUCAGUGCCUUCAUCACUGACCAUCCUAUAAAUUGUAGCUGAUCAUUCGCCAUCCUUUGGUCUUACUGUCAUUGCACAUUGCCCAUGUCAUCCAAACUCUUCCAAAAGUCUCAAGAUAUAACAUCUCAAGAGUCACUGUUGUUUCUAUAUUUUAUUAUACCAUGCAGGAUGUUACCAUCAGUGGAGUGAAACAAGUUAGAUUACACUGAGGUAGCAAAUGAACAGAAUGAACACAAUUAUUCAUUUUCAAUGUGAUACAAGUCAAAUUUGUCAUCAUCUUGGAACACCAUAAUAAUACUAGUAGGAGGGAGCACAAAAAGCACCUUUGAGUUUCAUGCACCUCUUAUUGCAUGACAUUGACACUGCACAUACACAACAUGUGUUCAUUGUCACAUUUCAAAUUUGGUCUCGAUGAGUCCGUGUCAAGUUUGGAUGAUAAUUUCUUCUGCAAAUAAAAAGCUCAUUACAGCACGUCAUUGUAGGGCUGGGCGGUAUGGCUGAAAACUGUACCACAAUACAGGUUUUCUAUAUUGGUCGAUAUUGAUAAUUACUCAGAUUUUUAUAACCUAUGAAAAAUAUGGACCAGGAAAAAUGAUAUAAAAUGUUAACAUUUUGAUUUAAAAUGUAACCUACCUCCGAUGAUAAUCCCCUCAGGUAUCGAGGCAAAAAAGAAAGGACAUUUCAGCACGACCAUGGAAAACUAUCAGUGUAAACAAAAAUUUUAAAUCACAAUAAACACUGAAAGGAGAACUAUUUUUCAUUUAUUUUGCUUAUCGUUCACAAGCAUUUUAUUUUUCUAACAUAUAAAAAUUGCCUUGUUAUACGGUGGCGAGCAAUCAAUUCUACCUCUAAAUCAAUUUAAAAACUGUCAUUACAUUCUGUAACCUGUAUAAUAACCAAGCUGGAGCGUCAUUGUUAUUGUAAAAGCGAACACAGAGGAACUAUUUUUCUAGCGUACUAACACAUCCGCGUGCUACGGUAUUAGCCGUGAGCAAGCUACAGAAAGAGACAUGCGAGCUUCUACGUCAGCACCCGACUUGCAUUUGAAUUUGUAAUAAACCAACACAACGCGAUAGAACAACAAUCUGUACUGACUGAAAAACAUUAACAAUCAUAUUACAGUAUCUGUAAAGUAAUAGCCCACAUUUCAUGUUUUGUUUGUACACAUCGAGCUUGACAGCUUAUGUACUGUAGUUGUACAUUGGUGUGCUGUAUGUAUCAUGAUAAAUAGUAUAGUGACUCACUCGAUGGACAGUUCUCUGUUAGGUCUAGCUGGCCGGGGGCGUUUUCAGUUAAUGUGGAUAGGCACACAAAUAAUUUUGCAUAGCUUGGCUCAAAAUUCGCAGCGGGACCAAGACACAUAGACCUUACUCUCUCAGCUUCCGUCUUCUCCAACGUUUUAGCCUCUUCUUCAUGCUCGCUUCUAUGAGCAGCAGUUAAUCCUCCGUAUUUCUUGUAUUCCGACAUGUGACUUCUUCCCGAAAGUGAAAACCAGUGAUGGUCAACCAAGCGAAGAUGGCUGUUGUACAGCAAGCAGCGCGCAAACUAUCUGAGUAACAAAAGAGGCUUAAAUCUUCCUGCAAAAAGCAGAUACAAGCAAAAAAUCUAACUAUGCAAUGGAAUCUAUCCCUAUACUUUAUCAAAAAAGAUUUGUCGAGUAAUAUCAAGAAUUAAGUCAGUCGCCUUCCCAAACAUAUCAAACUAUUGUGCUCCAGACAUCAUUCUACACGACAAAACAGAUGAAAACUUGGAAAAACAUGGAGGUCUACAACUUCUUUGUGUGUGGCUGGGUCAAGGAAAUUGGUAUCAAGACUCUCCCAGAUAAAUAUUCAUCUCUUUUACUCGGGUAAGAUUGCAUUUCAUGGUGUAACUUUGCGUCUACUACUAUGUGUGUUGUUCUUGCACGCACUGUUCACAAGUGGUGUGUUUUUCCCCAUCUUUGUCAAAAUAUAACUACAGAUGUCAACAUUGUGUAUAUGCUGAAAGCUUAACUCUUAGGUUUUGCUCACAUUAGACUCGCCGAGUUGGUGCUUUUCGAAACACUCGUAGCAAACGUGUUUAAAAAAUAUAAAUGAUAUCAAGAUAAUACUUAAAUGGGAAAUAAUAAACGUUACAAGUAUAUCAAACAAACCUUCACUGCAAACUCAUGCAUUCUUCGACUGCUCCCUUGGACUGAAAUGUGAGCUGCAUGCUUUUCUCAACCUUGUUUUCGUAAAAUCUUGCACUCUUCCGCCCUUUUUGCUUGAAGGAACUCUGAAGAAAAGUGUUUCCUUUUCGCGAUUUGAACGAUUUGUACAGCACAAACACAACGCAAGCAUAGGGCCAUUUUUUCUUCAAGAAAGGCUAAAUGGCGCCCAGCACCCAUUGAAAUCAGAGCUAGCUUGACCACCACGCAUAUUUAAUGUGCGGGACGUGAGCCGGAAGUGACUUUAGUAAAAUCCAAGCAAUAUUCAGAUUAAAAAAGUUAAGGUUAUGUAUCCUCAUUUGUCCAAAAAUUGUCAUCAUCGUUGUCUGUUACCAAGUCCGCCAUGAUUAGAACACACUUGCGUUUGUUUCCGGAAGUAGAAACAACACACGUUUAUUGCCGGAAGUUGAAAGGGCGCUACUAUGGAAACGGGCGACCGGUAUUGCUUAAAAUGACCAAAAUACGGUAAAUAUUGUACAUAUUACAUAUUGUUAUAAACAUGUCUGUUACUUCAUUAUAUAUAUACUUGCAGUGUGUAUAUAAAAUGUUGGAGGGUUUUGAAGUUGCUUUAAAGGAUACAAUAGUGAUUCCCAUUAGCCGCAUCUUGCAAGUGUUUUUUUAUAAUUUUUAACCCCCCCCCCAAAAAAAUAAAGACAUAUAUGUUCUUAUCUCCCAUAUAGAUUGUGAACGAUAGGCAAAAUUACAAAAAGUGUAGUUUACCUUUAACAAUAAUCUCUUUCAAUGAAGACUCAAAAAGAAGAAAUAUGUAAGAAUUGCCUAAUAAAGUGUAACAAAAUAGUGCAAAGUGUAAAAAUAUAAACCAAGAGAAACCUGAGAAGAACACUUUUUUUACAGGUUUACUGCCAAGAAAUUAUUUGGUUUGUGUAACAUUUAAUUUGGUCUGUUAUUCUCAUUUAGGUAUGGAAAUUAAUUUGUUAUGCAGUAAUUAUUUAAAUAUUAUUGGACCAAAUUAGUAUUCUAAAGUAGCACAUUUGUUAUAUUUUGUUAUUAAUUUUAUUUAUACAGUCGUGCACAGUUCCUGCCUGUUGUUUCUGAAUAUUCGAAUAGGGAACGGACAAGGGUGGGUUGAAAAGAAAAGAUGAGCGCGGCAGAGGAGUAUGGUCUGUUUGAAAAAAUAAAAAAAACUGCCAUACUGUGACUUUUCCUCUUUUAUCAACACUUCGUUCGCUCUCUGUAGCACUCAUUUUUACUUUCUCUUCUCACUCCAUGCAGAGAAUCAACAGCGAGACAGCAAGGUGGCGCAAACUAACUUGAUAGUUGAUACUGUUACGCGAUUGGCUGUUUAGUGUGUCCCUCCCAUUGCUCACUGAUCACUUCCUGUUUUGUUAGGUUAACAGACCGCAAGUACCUUUGUUCAAGCAACAAACCAUGUUUCGUUCUUUUCCAGCUUCUUCCGACCAAAAGCAUGUAUAUAUAUCAAACGUUUUAUUCAAAACAUUUUUUACUCAUAUAAAUGAUGUGUCUAUCGGGAUAUAUAUUGAUAACGUUUUAUCGGCCCAGCCCUAAAUCAUUGCAACAGCUGGCUUUUCUAUGCAUGUGGCUUGCAGGAAUCCUUCCCAUUGUCUUUUUUUAAUGUGGGCCAUAAUAUGAUAUCAACUUUCUAAUAUGGAGCCUCUUGCCCAAUGCAUAACCUGUCAUCUCAGCUAAUGAAUACAGUGGCACCAUGGGUUACUAGUUGGCGUAGCAAAUGUCAGUGAACCCGUUAAGAUUUGACUAAAACGUCCUGUCUUACUCACUAGCAUUCGCUUCUAGCUAGCUAGAGAUUGACCAACUUUGUUUUCCAAUCAUGAGAAGGAAGUAUGUGAGUGUGAAGGACAGUGCUGAGAAAAAAACCUGAUGAUAUUCAUUGAAUUUAAGAAAAAAAAUCUAAGGUAAUGACAGAGCAUGUGGUUAAGCACCAUACCACCACCAUACUAAAGUAAAAUGAGUAGAGGGCCAGCCAAAGACGUUAAAAUAAUUUGUAAACGGCGGACAUUUAUCCAUAAAAAUAUGGAGAAGCUGCUGAUGGUGUGUUUAAUGGAGUAGCAGCUCAAAAGAGAUAGCUUAGAAGUCCGCUCUCCAAGGUAAAUACUGUACAUUAUUAUUAAAUGACUCGAUAAAACUACUAUUUCUUAUAUAAAAAAAAUAUAUAUUUUAAAAGGCAUGUUAAAAUGGUGCUGUUUUAAUGAGGGGAUAAUCACAGAUUAAAUUGAUUUAAAUUAAUUUCAAUGGGCUGUUCCGCAAUAACAGUUUUUCAAGGUACAAGCUGCUCACAGAACCAAUUCAGCUCGUAUCUCGAGGUACUACCCUACUUGAAUAGACCGAGGAACACAUUGUUGGGAGAAAGCACCUUCAUACCUUCAUGAAUAUAUCCCACCUAUAAAAGGUCAUGUUUCUGUCAAUUAACAGCCUUAAAUAAUUAACAAUUAUAAUUUCAGUAUGUGCAUUCUGUUACCAUUUUAAUUGGAAGCGCCUACGAGUUGAUGAUACUGACGCUAAACAAUUCAAGUUCAAAUGUCAUAUAAACUCCAUCUAUCGUCUGUCUGUCACUGAAAGCAAUCUUUCAGCCUGAACAAGGACCAACGACUCUAGACUUAAACCCACUUGUUUAUGAUCAACUCCUUUUCCUCUAAUUGACAUCCAAAUAUUUUUUUAAGUACUUUCACAAUGCACCAUUUCCACAUGUGUGAUGUGCACGUUUAACAUGGCGAGUCCAUCAUUUUUUUACACAUUUAAUUUUAAUUAGAGGUAUUCCAACCUGAUAUGAUCGGAUAUCGGUCCAAUCACAGCAUAAAAGCAAGGAUGGGAUUAUAUCAGCCUGCAUCUAAAAUCUCUGAUAUAAACUCUCUGAAACAGGCUGUCCUACAGCAAGUUUACUUGUGCAAAGCUUGACUGCCAAUUAACAGCUAAAUGUCUUCCAACAAUGUUGCUAGCAGCUGCACAACAGCUAAGCACACAAGCUAGACAUAAGUGUCCUUAAUUGAACAAAAAUGCAGUCUAUAACAGCAUAUUUGUUAAUAUAAACAAGUAUCAAAUAGUUAUAGUUGCAUAUUUCUUACACAAACCAAAUCUCCAAGGCUGAAGUGUAUUAGAAAGUAUCCAGUAAAAAACUUAUCCGCAUCAUUAUACUUACUGCGUCAUGAAUUAUGAAUUAUUGUCGCCACUAGGGUCACCAAAAAACAAUUACAUUCUACUUCAACCAAAAGAUAAUGUAAAUCCAUUCCAAACAGUUGCUAAUAAAUAGUUGUUGUUUUUUUUUAUACCUACCCUUAUUCUGUUUGAUUAAUUUCACCUGAUCAACGCUUUUCUAACAUUUCACACUUAAAAUAAAAGUAUGUAUGAGUCGUGCUGAUAUAUUGGAUAAAUAUCGGUAUCUGCCAAUAUAUACUCAAGGCUCCUGUCAGGCUUGCUACUGACAGUUUGGUCAUGUUUUUGUUUUCCUUUGUGUGGUGUUUUAAUUCCUGUCCAGUGCUCUGUUUUCUAGUUUCUACUUCCUUUGUUUUUGAAUCACCUCCAGUCCUGGUGCUCUUGCUUUUUCAGUGUUUCCUGUUUGGUCUCUGUGUUUUGAAGCACCUUUACUUUCUGUUCCAUGUCCUGUCAGCACACCUGAUUCUCAUGAGUUAGUUCUAUUUAGUUCCACCUGGGUGCCUCCUUCUGUGCUGGAUCAUUCUACUUGUUAGUCUGUUUCCAAUAAAUAUACUUUUACCUGCACGCUGUCUGCUAUUUCCGCAUCCUUGGGGUCACGCUACAAGCAACGUUUACCAAAUCCUGAUAGAAAUGAUCCAGCAAGUGAGUGACCCCGCGGAGAUUUCUAUGGCCCAGCGGUUUGAAAAGAUUUUGGCACUGAUGGCCACGUUGAAGCGUUCUUCAGCCUCUCAUCAAGCUCCCUCCCACCCAUCCCUGGCAUCUGUUGGCCUCUCUGGGGGCGUUUGGGAUCCGUUCAUUGGAGUGAGGGGGGCUAUGAGUAGCUGUGCAGCUGGGGAGGCACGACUUCUUCUUGCUCUAGUGAGGUCAUCCAUGACGUCGCUUCCAGCAAGCCUUCUUGCUCCGGUGAGGUCGUCCAUGAUGCUACUACCGUAAUUUCCGGACUAUAAGCCGCACCUGACUAUAAGCCGCACCAGCUAAAUUUAGGGGAAAAUACAGAUUGCUCCAUAUAUAAGCCGCACCCGACUAUAAGCCGCAGGGUUUUGAUGUGUAAUUACCGUAGUAUAUAGGGGUUCUUGCUACCACGGAGGGGAUUGUCGGGACAGAGAUGACUGUUUGGGAACGCAAAGCGUCCCAUUUAUUAACAAUAAAUCUUUCAAUCAUUCAAUCAAACUUUCACAUCUUUGACAUGGCGAACAGCAUUCGUGCAGAGUACAAAUAAUAAAACGGUGCAGAGUAAUACAAAGUGCUCGCCUGUACGUUAUCAAAAUAACCAGCCUACCGGUAUAUGAAAAGUCAGUCUUUAAUCAUUGUGUCAUCGUCUUCCUCCUGCGUACUAAAACCACCGAAAUCCUCUUCGUCGGUGUCGGAGAAGAACAGGCCGUAAAUAAGCCGCACCCUUGUAUAAGCCGCAGGGACCAGAACGAGGGGAAAAAGUAGCGGCUUAUAGUCCGGAAAAUACGGUAUGUUUCCCCGUCGCUAAACGACGUCGCUACCAGUACUCCAUUCUGCGCCAGUGAGUUCGCCCACAAUGCUGAUACCGUUCUGUCCUGUCCUGGCGACGCCACCUGUCUCUCUACCGGUGGGGUCGUUGCCUGUCUCUCUCACGUCGCCUGAGCUUCCUCGCCUGCUGGAGAAGCGCCCGUUUGGUGCUGGCCGUCCUCGCCUGCUGGAGAAGCGCCCGUCUGGCACUUGCCCUCCUCGCCUGCUGCAGAAGCGCCCGUCUGGCGCUCGCCUUCCUCGCCUGCUGAAGAAGCGCCUGCUGAAGAAGCACCUAUCUGGCGCUCACCGUCCUCACCUACUGCAGAAGCGCCCGUCUGGCGUUUAUCUUCCUCCUUGUUAUCAGCCGUAAUGGUGGCCAGUCCAUGGACAUCCUCUGCACCGACGGCAGCAGCGCCUGGGACAUGGGCGUUGACGACUGUUGCUGCUGGGGCAUUGAUCGUGGGCUUCUCUUGUUCCCCUUCGCCAGCUGCGUCUGUGUUGCACCUGCCGCCAACACCUGGCUCUUCCCCGCUGGCUCCGGGAAAAUAUGGCAUGGAUAGUUGGCCGGCCCUUUGAGGCGGGAUGCAGUUUGGCGACCCUCCACCAUUCUUUCCUUCACCCUCCCUUGGUUUUUGGACUUUCUGUUGAACUUAAAACGUCUGGUAUCCGUUAUAGGAAGUGGGGCUACUGUCAGGUUUGCUACUGACAGUUUGGUCAUGUUUGUGUUUUCUUGUGUUUGCCGUUUUUAAUUCCUGUCCAUUACUCUUAUUUAUAGUUUAUACUUCCUGUGUUUUUGAAUCACUUCCUGUCCUGGUGCUCUUGUUUUGUCAGUAUUUCUUGUUUGCUGUCUGUUUUGAAGCGCCUUUACUUUCUAUUCCAUGUCCUGCCAGCGCACUUGAUUCUCAUUAAUUAGUUCCACUUGGGUCCCUCCUUCUGUGCUGGAUCAUACUAUUUGUUAGUCUGCUUCUUGUUGCCGAUAAAUAUACUUUUACCUGCACACCGUCUGUUAUUUCCGCAUUCUUGGGGUCAUGCUUCAAGCAACGCUUACCAAAGCCUGACAGCUCCAAAAUAAGUAUCGUAUCGGAGGUGAAAAUGUAUCAGGACACUCCUAGUUUUAGUAUUGUUUUGAUAAUCACCUUUUUUUCCACCAAUAGCUUAAAUCAAAGAAUGUUAAGAAAUGUUAUUCUUUAUUAAUUUACUAAAAUGACCUCUUCAUUAAAGCUUGGAACACUGGAUUCAUUGUGUAUUACUUAAUUUCUUGAUAUCUGAUCUUUACAGUGCUGCACAUUGUUUAUAUUUGCAAUAACUAGUGUCAUUUAGAGCAGUGGUUCUCAAACUUUUUUCAGUGAUGUACCCCCUGUGAACAUUUUUUUAAUUCAAGUACCCCCUAAUCAGAGCAAAGCAUUUUUGGUUGAAAAAAAGAGAUAAAGAAGUAAAAUACAGCACUAUGUCAUCAAUUUCUGAUUUAUUAAAUUGUAUAACAGUGCAAAAUAUUGCUCAUAUGUUGUGGUCUUUCUUGAACUAUUUGGAAAAAAAGAUAUACAAAAAACUAAACUUGUUCAAAAAUAAACAAGUGAUUCAAUUAUAAAUAAAGAUUUCUACACAUAGAAGUAAUCAUCAACUUAAAGUGCCCUCUUUGGGGAUUGUAAUAGAGAUCCAUCUGGAUUCAUGAACUUAAUUCUAAACAUUUCUUCACAAAAAAAGAAAUCUUUAACAUCAAUAUUUAUGGAACAUGUCCACAAAAAAUCUAGCUGUCAACACUGAAUAUUGCAUUGUUGCAUUUCUUUUCACAGUGCUUUUUGACAGACAUUUAAAAAAAAAUCUCACGUACCCCUUGGCAUACCUUCAAGUACCCCCAGAGGUACGCGUACCCCCAUUUGAGAACCACUGAUUUAGAGCCCUGGAAGGGUUCACUUUGGGUAGCUACUCAUAAAACCAAGCCUUGUGAUAUUAAAAAAACGAAAAACGGGGCCACAACAAAUCUUGUUUAGGGCCACAAAACUGCGCUUUGAAAGCGAAAGUAAUAAAGCAGGCAAUGAAACAUGACACUUGUUGGUCAUUCAAAGCAUUACAGGCAACCUACUAUUGCAGCAAAAUUAUUUGCAAAUGCCGAUAUAAAUCUGCAUCUGUAAUCCAUUUCAGGUGUCUGUGAACUAAUUGAUCUCUGGAUCUCUGUAUCUCAUGUGUGUGUGUAUUAAGUUGUCUGUCCGUAUUAUGAUUUGUCUGUAGGUAAAAAUAAAAAUCAG